AAAAAUUUAAGAUCAAAGUCAUCGAGCCCUGCAAUAUUUUGGUCUGGUCGGUCGAAGAAAGUUCCAAUUUUUUUAUUCAAGGCAGAUGCUCUUGGUUGUAAUUUCACUGAACACAAAUCUAUAGCCAAUAAAUAUCACAUGUCUUUCAAGCAACCAAAAGGUGAUUGCAAAUUAGUGAGGACUCUAUUAACUUGCCAUGGUUUCAAGGAGUGUGAGGCCAGCAGUGUCAACUACAACAUCAUCUGGACUGGUUCCCAUGUCAAACCAUACUUUCUUAGCUCCAUGCUCAAGUUUCAAAAAGUCAACCACUUUCCUAGGUCUUAUGAAAUAACAAGGAAGGAUAGGCUGUAUAAGAAUAUUGAAAUGAUGCAACAAAAUAAAGGAUUCAAGCAUUUUAAUUUUGUUCCACAAACAUUUGUUCUUCCAAGAGAGUACAAGGCAUUCUUGUUUCAUUCCAACAAAGAAAAGUGCUUGUGGAUCGUUAAGCCGACGUCAUUGUCAAGAGGACGCGGUAUCUUCCUCACUAAUUCUCCUGAGAAAGCAUUGGUUGAUGAUAAUGUUGUUGUCUGUAGAUACAUUGACAAUCCUCUUCUCAUCAAUGGUUACAAGUUUGACCUUCGACUUUACGUCUUGGUGACCUCAUUUGACCCCCUGAUAAUCUACCUGUACAAGGAGGGGCUUACCAGGUUUGCUACUGUCCAAUUCAAUAAGAGUUCAAAGUUCAUGGGGGAUUCCUGCAUGCAUCUUACAAAUUAUAGCAUUAACAAGCAUAGCUCUGCUUAUGUUAGUAACAAUGAUGCCAGUGUUGAGGACCGAGGUAGCAAGUGGUCACUCAGUGGUCUUCUAAGGUUUCUCAGGGAGAACCAUUACGAUACUACUGCUCUGAUGAUGUCGAUAGAAGAUGUGAUCAUAAAAACAAUGAUUUCUGGAGAGUUUGCAAUCUCAGCUGCCUGUAAAGCGUUUGUCCCUCACAGAGGAAAUUGCUUCGAGUUGUUUGGGUUUGAUAUUUUAAUUGAUGAGAAGAUGAAACCGUGGGUCCUGGAAGUUAACUUAUCUCCUUCAUUGGCUUGUGACGCUCCACUUGAUUUGAAGAUUAAGUCGAACAUGAUAUCAGAUCUGCUAAGCUUAGUUGGUUCGUAA